AUGGACUGCAAUUCAGCAUUUAGGUUUUGGGGUUUGGUGGUGCUGAUGAGCUUAGUGCUUUCGGGGGGAUUGGAAGUGAAAAGAGUGAGUGCAAAAAUGAGUGCAGCGCAGUGCAAGGAGGAGAGAAGGAUCGGGAUUAAUGCGUGCAAGCCUGUUAUUUACGGCAAGAAUCCUUCGGCUGAUUGUUGCCUUCGAGUCAGGGUGAGCCAUGUGGAGUGUGUUUGCCCUGUUGUCACACCAAAGUUAGCUGCACUGGUUGAUCUCAAUCGCGCUAUACGCCUCAUUCAGGGCUGUGGAAGGAGAGUUCCUCGCCACUUCAAGUGCGGAAGUCUCACCACUCCAUGA